AUGACGGAAACUUGGUUAAAUAGGAGUGUUUUUGAUUCUGAAAUUUUUGAUGAUCGUUAUAAUGUUUAUAGACGUGAUCGGGAGAGUAAUGGUUUUCACGCUUCAAAGAAUGACGGGGGUGUACUUAUAGCUGUACCUAAGCAAAUAAAUUCGGAGCGGCUCUUUAGUUUCGAGUCCAAGUGCGAGGAUCUUUGGGUCUGCGUAGAAGUAGAAAACGUCCAAGGCAAGUCUGAAAGACUUUAUAUAUUUGCUGUGUAUAUUCCCCCACCCGUCGAAAAACACAUUUUUGAGCAUUUUAUUAAUAACUCGAGUCGAGUAUUGGAAUCACUCGAUGAAAAUAUAAUUGUUGCUGGAGAUUUUAAUCUAAGUAGUAUAACAUGGUCUUUAGAGCCCCACGGGCAUCUUUGUGCAAAAUACUCCAACAAAUAUCUACAGAAUCUCUUAACAGACUUUCUCUCGUGCAAUGAAUUGAACCAAUUAAAUCAAAUUAAGAACUCUAAAAAUAAAAUGCUCGAUCUUGUCUUGUCUAAUAUUAACAUUGUUGAUAUUGUGUCAUGUCCUGAUCCUUUGACAUGUGUUGAUCCCCUUCAUCCGCCAUUAGUUUUAUCAAUAGAUUUUACAGAUCCGGCACCACUAGUCCCUAAUAACACAAUUACAAAAUUUUGCUUCCACAAGGCUGAUUAUGAAAAUAUAAGGAAGGAUCUAAAUGAAAUUGACUGGAGGGAAAUUUUGGCUGAAUGUCUUUGUGUUGAUGAUAUGGUUGCAGUAUUUAUGACAUAA